GCGUUCUAGGGUUUGUGUGAGCCGGGGCGCUAGGUCGUGCGCCAUCGCCAUCGCUCUCGUAGGUACGCUGGGAUUUCAGGAUCGAUCGAGAGCACGGAUUUGAGCUGCUGCGGGGCUUCGUGCCGGUCGAUUCGGCUUGAUUUGGCGUAGCCGCGCGCCAAUGUGGGAGGGAGGCGCGGGUUUUAGGCGUGGUUUUAGCGCGGGAAUGCUCGCAUUGGCGAGAAACGAUGAUCGGGGAUCACAGGGAGGGAUGUCAGGGGCUGGAUCGGUUCGAAGGAGGUUUUGUAGCUGGAAUUCCGUGCUGAUGAAGUGAACGAUGAAGGCAAGCGCACCGUGGCCCCAGCAGAGUUUUUGGGUAAAAUGUCGCGGCAUUCGUCGGCUUCUCAUUUCCACAAGUCAAAGACGCUCAAUGAUAAAUAUAUAAUAGGAGAUGAAAUCGGGAAAGGUGCAUAUGGCAGAGUUUACAAAGGCUUGGACCUGGAAAAUGGGGACUUUGUGGCAAUUAAGCAGGUUUCUCUGGAGAACAUCCCGCCAGAGGACCUCGCAAGCAUCAUGCAAGAGAUCGAUUUGUUGAAGAAUCUAAACCAUAAAAACAUUGUCAAGUACAGGGGAUCUAUCAAGACCAAGACACAUCUGUAUAUCAUUCUUGAGUAUGUCGAGAAUGGUUCUCUGGCUAGCAUUGUUAAGCCGAACAAAUUUGGCGCAUUUCCAGAGUCACUUGUUGCUGUAUACAUUGCUCAGGUCUUGGAAGGACUGGCAUAUCUUCAUGAACAAGGUGUUAUUCAUAGAGACAUUAAGGGGGCUAACAUCCUCACGACGAAAGAGGGAUUCGUAAAACUUGCGGAUUUUGGAGUUGCCACCAAAUUAACUGAAGCUGACGUGAACACUCACUCCGUUGUUGGGACUCCGUAUUGGAUGGCACCAGAGGUAGUCGAAAUGUCAGGAGUCAGUGCUUCGUCGGAUAUCUGGAGCGUUGGGUGUACUGUUAUAGAACUGUUGACAUGUGUGCCUCCUUACUAUGAUCUCCAGCCAAUGCCUGCACUUUUUCGCAUUGUCCAGGACGAACGACCUCCUAUUCCUGAGCAUCUCUCACCUGGAUUGACAGAUUUUCUGCACCAAUGCUUUCAAAAAGAUGCGAAGCUCCGUCCAGAUGCCAAGACAUUGCUGAAGCAUUCCUGGAUUCGUAAUUCACGGCGAGCUUUGCAAAACUCUCUUCGUUUGAGCAAUAUCCCGCAAGAUGUUUCUACGGUUUUGGAAAGAAGCAUUGAAGAUAGCAAAAAGGAAGACAGGAAGUCUUCAUCACCUGAACCAGCGACAUCCUUGGAGUUUGUCUUGGAUGAUGAUGCAAAAUCUCGUUCUCAAGAAUUGGCGAGCGUAUCGGUCACAAGUGAGGCAAAUGGAACGAAAAGGAACAAUGACUUGCUGGUUAUUGACGAGUCGUCACAAACCGGGGAUCAAGACGAGCCGGAGGGGAGCCUAAAAGCUCCCCGUCCUGUGGUCUUUCCUGGAACAGAGGAAACAAUGGGAAGACCUGAAGCUGUUGAAAGAUCUUUAACUCCCGAGAGACUGAUGUCACCCCCUCAAGAAGUGGAUGAAAUGUUGCAGCAUCCGAAAAUGAACAGCAAAGAUCUACCCACAGAGCCAUCGCAGUCUGUGAAGGGUGUAACUUCAACUAUUCGAGAGCUGAGUAAGUUCAGCGACACUCCAGCUGAUGGAAUUCUCGAUGAUCUGUUCGAAGAUUUUCCUGCCAAAGUUGAACGGAAGGAAGAUAAGUCACCUGCUCCUCUGGCAAUUCCGAACAGUGGGAGAGACUCGUCAGCUCUAGUAAAGAAGCUGAACGAUAAAAUGGCUCGAAAACGAGCCGAAAAUAAGAACGGAGAAACGAACUUUAUAGCUAUUGUGGAUGCGGUUGAAGACGAAGACUUCGACAGCACUGGUUUGGUGAGUCUCAGUUGCAUUCAGGGUUUCGAUGGCAAUGUGGAAGGAAGAGACUACUAUGGCAAACAGGCUGUGGAAGUUACCCGAUUGAUUGGUCUAUUGAAACCAGAGGAGCCCGAGGAAGCAAUAGUUUCCACUUGUCAGAAACUCGUGUCCGUUUUUCGCGAAUUUCCCGAGCAAAAAUCUCAUCUUAUUCUGCAACAUGGGAUAAUGCCAUUGCUUGAAAUGCUGGAGGUGAACAACAAUCGAGUCAUGCAUGCAGUAUUGCAACUUAUUAACCAGAUUGUCAAGGACAGUUCUGAUAUACAGGAAAAUGCUUGUUUAGCUGGUUUGAUACCUGUUGUGAUGAACUUUGCUGCGCCAGAAAAAUCAAAGGAAAUGCGUAUGCAGGCUGCGUACUUUGUUCAACAAAUGUGCAAUAGCAGUAAUUUAACGCUGCAAAUGUUCAUAGCUUGCAGAGGCUUGCCUGUGCUCGUUGGUUUUCUAGAAUCGGACUAUGCGAAGUACAGAGAAAUGGUCCAUCUUGCGAUUGACUGCAUGUGGCAAGUGUUUGAGCUAAAGAGUCCAACACCAAGGAACGAUUUUUGUAGAAUUUUCUCAAAGAGCGGCGUCCUUGUUCGACUUGUGAACACGCUUCAUAGCUUGAAUGAGGCGGCGAGGCUGGCUUCUGCAAGUGGCGCAGGCAACUCGGCCAUCGGUGGUGAAACUACGUCUCAGCGUUCACGUUCGGGACCUCUUGAACCAUCUCGAGUGUAUGCUGAUCACAUUCGUCCAAGAUCCGGACAGCUGGAUCCGCUGCGGGUUCGACAUGACUUUCUCCGUCCGCCUACAGAUUCUCCGAAGGCGCAGCAGCCACAGAAGUCUCCACUAGCGCAGCCUGAAAGCUCAAAGCAAGGCGAGUAUGGUGGGGACGGGAAAGUACUGGGUCAUAAUCGACGUCGUUCAUCAUCACAAGAAAGAAUGCCGCCGGAGGUGUCAGGAAGGACCGAGAAGACGGCAGAGAAUCACUCCGAUCAGUGGCAUCUAGAAAAUGGGUCGGACAUGCCCCGGAAGUCGUAUGAACAACUUCCUCCGCUUCUAAGUAUGCUGGAUAAAGAAUCGACGAGGCCCGCUACUUCUGGUCGUGCAACAACAGAGAAGGCUGACAGCAGUUUCUUACCUCUCCUUCACCACUCUGGUGCAACGCGGAAGAACAACGGGGACCUCGAAACGUUGAUGCGAGCAUUUGCAGAGAAAGGUGAUAUUCGUGCGUUAGGACUCAGCCAAGAAGGCAGCUCCUCAAAUGGCCUGACGACAAAGCAAACCUUACCUCAACAGCCAACAGCUGAAAUGACGGCGUCAACCUCUGGUUUAGUAUCACAGUCGGCAUCGGGCUUACUCUCGCUUUCUGGCGUCCUCAAUGGAAGGCCCGGAAGCGCAACGUCUUCCGGCGUGCUUACAAGAAUGACAUCGACGCUAAAUGCAGAAGUGGCGAGGGAGUAUCUUGUCAAAGUUGCCGACCUGCUGCUGGAGUUUUCUCGCGCAGAUACUGUUGUCAAGUCGUCGAUGUGCAGCCUGAGCUUGUUGAUCCGGCUGUUCACAAUGCUCAGCAAACUGGAGCCUCCUAUACUACUCAAGAUAUUGAAGUGCAUCAGUCAGCUUUCGAUGGAUCCGUAUACCCUGGAGCCACUCCAACGAGCUGAUGCUAUGAAACAUCUAGUCCCGCUUCUGGAAGGACAAUAUACUUCGCAAAUACACAACCAGGUACUGAAUGCUCUUUACAAUCUAUGCAAGAUCAACAAAAGGAGACAAGAGCAAGCUGCUGAGUGUGGCAUUAUUCCUCACUUGUUACACUUCAUCACCACAAACUCGCCAUUGAAGAAGUUUGCGCUGCCGCUUCUAUGCGACAUGGCUCACGCAUCGCGGUAUACCAGAGAGCAAUUACGAGCUCACAAAGGCCUGGACGUGUACCUGAACCUUCUGGACGACGAGUUCUGGGCAGUCACAGCGCUGGAUUCUCUGGCGGUGUGUUUGGCCCACGACAACGACCAGCGCAAGGUGGAAUCGGCCUUGGUCAGGAAGGACUCGGUACAGAAGCUGGUGGCCUUCUUCCAGUCUUGCAGUGGCUCGUCUUUUGUACAUAUUUUGGAGCCCUUCUUGAAGAUCAUCACGAAAUCUCCACGACUCAACACGGCGCUUGCGGUGUCUGGGUUAACUCCCCUGUUGGUUGGACGGCUCGAUCAUCAAGAUGCAAUUGCGAGGCUCAACUUGCUAAAACUGAUCAAGGCUGUAUACGAGCACCAUCCCCGGCCCAAGCAACUGAUUGUGGAGCAUGAUCUGCCCUCCAAGCUGCAAAAGCUGAUCGAGGAACGCCACGGUGAGCGCUCGGGUGGCCAAGUUCUCGUCAAACAAAUGGCUACAGCUCUGCUCAAAGCUCUCCACAUCAACACUGUAUUAUAGUGUUACAAUUUACUCUAUUAGGAAACUAUUGUAUGAGCGUUGAAUCUUCUGUGGUAGAACUUCUUUGCAAAAAGUAUAAUAAAUCUACAUCCUAUAAUUUUUACA